GCGGCGGCGGCGGCGGACGGGCCAUGCGGGGACCGCGCGGCGGGCUCGGCCCGCUCCUCCUCCUGCUGCUGCUGGUACCGCUACCGGCGGCCGCCGCGCUCGCCGCCGCCCCCGCGGGCUCCCCGGGGCUCGCCGCGGCGCCCGGCGCCCACCUGCGCCGAGGGAGCUCCGGAGAGCCGCCGGCACAGCGUGGGACCGAGGACCUCGGCUUUGGGGACGGGACGGGGGUGGCAAGAGGCCCCACGUGGCUGCCCGUCCCUGCCCCGCUCCCCGCACGCAGCGGGUGCUGCCCACAGGAGGCCGGCGCGGGAGCCGGGGCCGACGGGCCGCACUCACCUCUGAGGAGGCGGAAGAGGGACUGGGUGAUCCCGCCCAUCAAGGUUCCCGAAAAUGAGAGGGGCCCGUUCCCCAAAAAGCUGGUCCAGAUCAAAUCGAACCGGGACAAGGAGACGAAGAUCUUCUACAGCAUCACGGGGCAGGGGGCGGACACCCCCCCCGAGGGCGUCUUCACCAUCGAGAAGGAGACGGGCUGGAUGAAGGUGACACAGCCGCUGGACCGGGAGCACAUAGACAAGUACCACCUCUUGUCCCACGCCGUGUCCGAGAACGGGCAGCCCGUGGAGGAGCCCAUGGAGAUCAUAGUGACGGUGACGGACCAGAACGACAACAAGCCGCGGUUCACCCAGGAGGUGUUCAGGGGCUCCGUGCCGGAGGGCGCUUUGCCGGGCACCGCCGUGAUGCACGUGAACGCCACGGACGCCGACGACGCCGUGGAGACCUACAACGGCGUCAUCGCCUACUCCAUCCUCAGCCAGGAGCCGCGGGAGCCCCACCGGCAGAUGUUCACCAUCAACAGGGCCACGGGCACCGUGGGCGUCAUCGCCAGCGGGCUGGACCGCGAGCGCGUGCAGGAGUACACGCUGACCGUGCAGGCGGCCGACCUGGACGGCGACGGGCUGGCCACCACGGCGCUGGCCGUCAUCGAGAUCGCCGACGUCAACGACAACGCCCCCGAGUUCGACCCCAAAACGUACGCGGCGGCCGUGCCGGAGAACGAGGCCGGGCGGGAGGUGGCCCGGCUGGCCGUGACGGACCUGGACGAGCCGGACACGCCGGCGUGGCGCGCCGUCUACUCCAUCGUGCGCGGCAACGAGGGAGGCGCCUUCGCCAUCGCCACGGAUCCCACCAGCAACGAGGGCAUCCUGAGGACCGCCGAGGGCCUGGACUACGAGGCCCGGAGGCAGUUCGUGCUGCACGUGGCGGUGGCCAACGAGGCGCCCUUCGCCGUGCGGCUGCCCACGGCCACGGCCACCGUGGCGGUCAGCGUGGAGGACGUCAACGAGGCGCCCGCCUUCGAGCCGCCGGUGCGGGAGGCCCGGGUGCCGGAGGACGUGCCGCCGGGGCACGCCAUCGCCGCCUGCACGGCCCGGGACCCCGACCGCGCGCAGGCCCAGGAGAUCACGUACCUGCUGGCGAGCGACCCGGCGGGCUGGCUGGCGGUGCAGCGGCAGAGCGGGCUCGUCACGGCGCGUGCCCCCCUCGACCGCGAGUCCCCCUUCGCCAGGAACGGCACCUACACCGCCAUGCUGCUGGCCGUGGACGACGGCACGCCGCCGGCCACGGGCACCGGCACGCUGCUGCUCACCCUGCUCGACGUGAACGACCACGGCCCCGAGCCCGAGCCCCGCGACGUCGUGCUCUGCAGCCGCAGCCCCCGGCCCCAGGUGCUCGCCAUCGUCGACCGGGACCUGCCCCCCAACGCGGCGCCCUUCCGCGCCGAGCUGGCCCACGGCUCGGCGCAGAGCUGGGCCGCCGACGUCGGCGACGACGACACGGUGACGCUGCGGCUGACGGCGCCGCUGGAGCCGGCCCUGUACAGCGUCUACCUGCGGCUCUUCGACGCCCGGGGCAAGGAGCAGCUCACCGUGGUGGCCGCCCGCGUGUGCGACUGCGAGGGGCCCGCCGAGAGCUGCGCCGCCCGGCCGCGGCCCGCCGCCCCCGCCCUGCCCCUGCUCCUGGCCGCCCUGGGCGCCGUCCUGGCCCUGCUGCUGCUGCUGCUGCUGCUGCUGCUGCUGGCGCGGAGGAGGAGGAGGGUGGUGAAGGAGCCGCUGCUGCCGCCCGAGGACGACACGCGGGACAACAUCUUCUACUACGGCGAGGAGGGCGGCGGCGAGGAGGACCAGGACUACGACCUGAGCCAGCUGCACCGGGGGCUGGACGCCCGCCCCGAGGUGACCCGCAACGACGUGGCCCCCCCGCCCGCCGCGGCCCCCCAGUACCGGCCCCGGCCCGCCAACCCCGACGACAUCGGCAGCUUCAUCGACGAGAACCUGAAGGCGGCCGACACGGACCCCACGGCCCCCCCCUACGACUCGCUGCUGGUGUUCGACUACGAGGGCAGCGGCUCGGAGGCCACCUCGCUCAGCUCCCUCAACUCCUCCGCCUCCGACCGCGACCAGGACUACGACUACCUCCACGAGUGGGGCAACCGCUUCAAGAAGCUGGCGGACCUCUACGGCGGCGGCGAGGAGGACGACUAGAGCCCCCGCCGCCCACCCGCCCCGCCGCAGGGCCGUGCCUUGGGGCCGCCGGCUGCCCCCCCCGCUGAAGUGUCCUUGCCUUCCUCCCCCGCGUUUUUCUUUUGUUUUUAACGUAUGAAAUAAAGCGUAGUGCGAUGCUAGACGUGGGGUGAGCGGGUUACGGUGUAACUUUUAAAUAAAGGAUGUGGUUUUUUAGA